AUGGGCAAUAGCCGGUGCGGACCGGGAGCAGCGGCGACAUCCUUCGGAGAAGCUCACGCCAGCGACGAGCGCCGGAUGAGUGGCGUUAUUGACAGCAGGGGACGCAUGCCUGGGUUCACUCCGUCUGGUAGUGGGAGCGGCCGAUCGAGCCCCGCUAACAUCGGCGGCGUGGUCGGUUUCGGUAGUGGUGGUGGUAGCGGUAGCGGUAGCGGUAGCGGCCGAUCCAGCCCGGCUACCGCGGGUGGGGUCACACUUACCCCCCCGCUUGGAAGCCCCCUUGCCAACCUGCUACGCGCGCCGACGAUGGAGAUCCUUGCAUCGAAAGUUGGCGUUACGCGUGAGCAGGCCGACCUUUUCCUCAACGCCGGAUUUAGGCCUGACCAAAUCCCACAUGAUGUCGCAACGAGGAUGAUGGAGAGUGUGAUUGCGGGCUACCUCAUGGGACUAAGGGAUGGGAAAUCGGUGGAUAGAUUUGUGAGAGACAUCGUUGCAGCUGACGAAGACGCCUACGGCAUGGACCCCGUAGAUACGUCAAAAGCUCCUGGACUAGACAGGCGCGGAAAUCUCACGCACGCACUUUUUGUCCACUACAAUCAAGACUAUCCCGCGUUUAGAGUCCUUCCCCAUGCCGAGAGGUACCGCCUUGGGUGGCCAGUUCUGGAAGAACCGUCGGACGAGAUCUUUGAUGGGCUGACGAGGGCUCUGGCGUCUAGACUGGUUUUCGACGGCAGCCACACACUGCUGGACUUCGCCGGCGGUGGCGGCGGCGGCGGCGACGCUGACGACGACGGCGAUUCCGGCGACGACGAUGCACCUCCCGACAAGCAAGCCAAGCGUACGGGCAAGAGCGGUAGGAAGACCCGCACAAGCACCAGCAAGAAGGAGGAGACGGGCAUGAACAGGAUGAUUGAGCGCUCGAUCCACAAUGCCGAGAAAAACGAGGUUCGGAGGGCGGCCAGGGAAGACGCUGCGGCAAUCAGGAGCGAGAAGAGGGCGGAGGACCGAUUCCAGCGGGAGCGCGAUGAAAGGCAGCUGGAUCGCAAGCACGAGAGAGAUAUGCGUGCCGAUGAGCGACGGGAGGAACGGGAGGACAGGGAUAAGCGGGAGGCGGCUGAGGCCGUUAAGCGUGCCGAAGAAAAGGCGGACAAGGAAAGGGACCAGAAAUUCGAGUUGGAAAUGAUGCGAUUGAAGCUGCAGCUGGCCGUGGCAGAGAGUAAGAAACCGUAG